AGAGAGAGAGAGAGAGAGAGAGAGCGCGCAGCACAGCAGUUUUGAUUGUUUUCAUUUUUUUCUCUAAUGAUCACUCCUCCGUCACUGGUGCUUUUUGAGAAGAGGGAAGGAGCCACAGAUUGCUGGAUCAGUCUUGACUGCCGCUGUGUCAGGAGCAGCCAGUCGUGAGUGCCGGCAACUCCUCUAAACUUGGCCGAUCAGACACCUGUUGAGCAUGCUUUAUGUGUCGCGCGCGGCAGCUAUGGGAGUGUGCAGAGUGUCUAUCUGAUCGCCUCUGGGACUUGAGAAGCUGUCGCACAUUGCUGGACCAAAAGGUGGAUUGUACCACAGUUUUGCCUCUUCUGCCUACGCUGGAGAGAUGUCAUCUCUUUAUCAUCGCAACAAGGACCUCUCGCGCACAAGAAAGUCGCUGUCGGACUCGCCCCCCUCCUCCCCCACUGCAACCACACAAAGCUACAGACAUGAAAGGGCUUCAAGGUCAGAUUCCAGUGGUGGGGAGGGAGCCACUGACAGGCUACUUGGCCGGACAACCUCCUACACACGGCGGGAAAACCGCCUCGCAUCUCUAAACAAGGCCGAGGAUGACUCUGGAAACAGAGACUACAAAAAGCUAUAUGAGGAUGCCCUGUCAGAGAAUGACAAGCUGAAAUCCAGGCUUUCAGACAGUAAACAAGAGCUGGUUAAAAUUCGGAAUCAGCUGCAGAAAGUCACACAGAAACAAGACCGGAUAUCAGAGAGGUCUGGUGUGUAUGAAUCUGAAAAAAGAGAAAAACAAGCUCUGGAGAAAAAGGUGUCAGACAUGGAGGAGGAGCUGAAGGUUUUGAAUGAACUGAAAUCAGACAAUCAGCGACUGAAGGAUGAGAAUGGAGCCUUGAUCCGUGUCAUCAGCAAGCUUUCCAAAUGAGAGGACAAACACUGACUGCGCAGAGACCAACUUUAACUCUUUCCUGUAUCUGUAUCACCCAUUUUUUUAUUGACCUCGGACCGCUCAUUUAUUGGAAAUGUUUCACUGGUUGAUAGCUGCUCAGAGGCUAGAAGAUGGAAAAAGAAAAUGGCAGCAAAUGGAAUCACCCAGCAAUCACACAUUGUACUUCAGUGCAGCAGACACACAGGUACAUCCUGGAUAAUCUAACCAUCCACACAAGCAUAUGGUGAAAUGCCAUGUGUCUUUUUUAUCACCUUAAAAGGUUUACCUACAUCAUGGAGAUUUUGUUGGCAUUUGGAUCAUACCAAUCACAGGUCUAACAGCAUCUCAGGCCUGAAAUGGUAGUAUGUCUGUUUGUGUGUGAGUUUGUGUAUUGCACAUCCAGUAUGGCUAUUUGUGUGUGUGUGUGUGUGUGUGUGUUUGUGUGUGUGUGUGUUACAUAGUACAUGUCAUAAAGGAUAAUUGUCACCAUUGAUCAUGAAAAAAGGCCUAUCACUUGUCUGUGCAUAUUUAUGUUAGUCAAUAAGCUUUUCAUGUUUACAAUACACACACAAAGAUGUAUUGAAAUCAAAUUAUUGAAACAUAUAUGGGUUGGGGUGGGUGGGGAUUUCACUUGCCACUUUUGAUGAAAUUGUUUAUGAUUAUUUAUGGUGUUUAGUUAGAGUUUGGCUCUAUGUGUACUAUAUGUAAUAUAUUUUCACUGAAAUAUUUAUCUUUCAAAGGUGUUUUAUAUGACAGUUCAACUUUAGAUGAAUGUAAAAGCACAGAAUGUACUGCAUUAUAUGAUCACAAAAGUAUAAUAUUCUAUUUUAGUUUGCAUGGUACUUAAAUGUUAAAGAUAAUUCAGUGGUCAUGGUUGAAUAAAAAAAGAAGAAAGAAUCACAA